AUGGCCCAUACUCAGCCCUCGCCCACGGGAGGUGUUACCCCUCACCAUGGUCACCUCGCCGCCCACCCCCAGGUCAACGGUCAUAUUGCGCUGCAGGCCUCAGGCCAAAAGGCCCCUCCCCUGAAUACCGCCCAGAAGAUCGCUGCCCUUAACGAGCAGGUUUGGCUUCAAAUUGGAAGUCUGACGGAGUUGAUGGGUGACCUGGAGGGCGCCAUGAAUGCGUACGAACAGGCUCUGCGCCACAACCAAUGGUCCAUCCCCGCGAUGAACGCCAUCUCGUGUAUCUUGCGCACCAAGGAGCAAUUCCCCAAGGCGGUGGAGUACCUCCAAAAUAUCCUGAAGUUGGACUCGGGCAGUGGGGAGACAUGGGGUAGCCUAGGUCAUUGCCAUCUGAUGAUGGACAAUCUGCAGGAGGCCUACACCUCGUACCAGCAGGCUCUCUAUCAUCUGCGUGACCCCAAGGAACCCAAACUGUGGUACGGCAUUGGUAUCCUCUACGACCGUUAUGGAUCCCUUGACCACGCCGAAGAGGCCUUCUCCCAGGUCAUGCGCAUGGCCCCUGAUUUCGAGAAGGCCAACGAAAUCUAUUUCCGACUCGGCAUUAUCUACAAGCAGCAGCAGAAGUUUAACCAGAGUCUGGAGUGCUUUAAGUACAUCGUCUCGGACCCUCCUCGUCCCUUGACCGAGGAGGACAUCUGGUUCCAAAUUGGCCAUGUCCACGAGCAGCAGAAAGACUUCGAUUCGGCGCAACAAGCCUACAGACGGGUUUUGGACCGUGAUCCCAACCAUGCGAAGGUGUUGCAGCAACUCGGAUGGCUGUAUCACCAGCAGAGCAACAGCUAUGCCAGCCAAGAGAAGGCUAUCGAAUACCUUGAAAAAUCCGUGGCCGCUGACAACAACGAUGCGCAAAGCUGGUAUCUCCUGGGUCGUUGCUACAUGUCGCAAGCCAAGUAUCCCAAGGCCUAUGAAGCCUAUCAACAAGCCGUCUACCGCGACGGUCGCAAUCCUACUUUCUGGUGCUCGAUCGGUGUCCUCUACUACCAGAUCAACCAGUAUCGCGAUGCUCUGGAUGCGUACUCGCGGGCCAUUCGUCUGAACCCUUACAUCUCAGAGGUGUGGUACGAUCUGGGUACUCUGUACGAGUCUUGCAACAACCAAAUCGCAGACGCCCUUGAUGCGUAUGGCCGUGCGGCAGACUUGGAUCCCGCCAACGUUCACAUCAAAGCCCGUUUGCAACUGCUGCAAAGCCAGCUGUCCGGUACCAACCAGAACAACGCUCCUGCCCCCCAGCCUCAAGACGUUCACCCCCAGGCCUACCAGGCCCCCGGAGUCGGAGCCCCCCCGGCUCCCCAAUGGGGCGCACCGGCCCCGACCGGCGGCCCACCCCCUCAGCCUCCAGCUCCCCCGAGGCAGAUCGCGGACUGGAAUCGUGGCAUCAAUGAGCUGCAUUCGCAGGCUCAGGCCCAGGCCCAGGCCGCUCAAGCCCAGGCCCAGGCUCACGCGCAGGCUCAGGCCCAGGCGCAAGCUCAGGCUGCCAACGGAUUUGACCAUCGCGACCCGCUCCGGCCCACGGCCCUUCUUCAGCAGCCCAGCCCGCGACAGGACUCCGGCCGGGUGUUCCCCGAAGCGGUUCGCCCGCAAGCGGCGGCCCGUUCCCCGAAGACUGCGAUGGUCGGCCCCAGUGUGUACGCCCCGGCCCACGGACUCCCCCAACUUGCCAACCCUCCCCCUCCUCCGUCGCACGAGCGGGCCCCGAGCGCCGCCAGUGCCCCCGGUGGUGCUCUUCCACCUUAUCAACGCCCCUUCACCCCGCCCUCGGAAAUCCGCCCGAUCCGCGAUGAAAGACCGUCCUCUCCGGGCUCUACCUACCCCCACCAGCAGUAUCACCACGGUCCCAGCGUGCCUGUCCAGACUGCUGGCAGCACUGGCAUCGCGGGCGGCGCCCCCCCACCCGCGUCGGCGAUGGCUGCGGCCGAAGCGGCUGCUCGUGAACGCGAGGAUCGCCCGGCUUCGGCCAUGAAGCGCGGUCGGGAGUGGGAGGCGGACGCCGGCCCCGUCAAGAAGAUUGCCAAUGAAGAGAGCCGUGCCCGUUUAGAUGACCAGAUGACUCGUCGCGCCUCCCCGCCGAACCGCAUGCCUUCUCCGGGUGUAAUCCAGCGCCGUAGCUCUUCGGAGGCUCGCCGCGAGGACCAGCGACGGAUCAACGAAAACUAUCACCCCUCUGAGGCGGCUCACCACCCUCCUACCCUCCCGCCCAUCCAACACAUGCCUCCGCAUGGCUCCGGGCCCAGCUUGCCCGCGAUGAAUGAGAGCUCCGGCCCUCCUCCGUCCAAUGGACCUCCCUCGGGACCGCCCUCUACCACCCAGGUGCAGGUCAAGGAGGAACCGGCUCGCGGCGAACAGCCCCCGGCGCACGAGCCUGCCGCACGGAAAAUGGACGUUGACGAGAACUAUGAUGACGAUGGUGAUGAUGAAAAGCGACCCAGCGCCGCCGUCAAGGGCAGCCCCCACGGCAGUGGAUCGGGCGGCGCUAACAACAGCAACAAUGUGUUGAGCGGUGGGAGCCAGUCUUCGCAGUCGAAGCCGGAGUCGACCGCUUGA